UCAAAACAAAGGCUUUUAGGCUUUAAGCUUCUUGUUCUUUACAUUCAUGCCUUGGGGAGUGAUGGCUGGUCACUUGGGUUGGGGCCUCAUUGAAGAGGGGUGGAGGAAAGGUCCUUGGACUGCUGAAGAAGAUAAAUUACUUAUUGAAUAUGUCAGAUUGCAUGGUGAAGGAAGAUGGAACUCUGUUGCUAGACUUGCAGGAUUGAGAAGGAAUGGGAAGAGUUGCAGAUUGAGAUGGGUGAAUUAUCUGAGGCCAGACCUGAAGAGAGGGCAGAUAACCCCACAUGAAGAAAGCAUAAUUCUAGAUUUACAUGCUCGCUGGGGCAACAGGUGGUCAACAAUUGCCAGAAGCUUGCCUGGGAGGACUGAUAAUGAAAUCAAGAACUACUGGAGAACCCAUUUCAAGAAAAAGGCCAAAAUGUCUCCUGAGAACUCCGAUAAGGCCGAGAAUCGGCUGCUGAAAAGGCAACAAUUCCGUCAACAACAACAGCAGCUGCAGCUGCUGCAGCAGGAGCAACAGCAGCCUCAGAAACAACUCAAUCAAUUGGACAUGAAAAAAGUUAUGUUUUUGCUCGAGGAAAAUGAACACAGAGCUCCAUAUGUUCCUCAACCGAGGCAAGAAAUGGGAGCUGAAGAACAAGGGUUGUUGGGCGGCAAUGCACUUGUCACAGAGCUCUCAAAUGAGGAGUUUCUGUGGGACAAUUUGUGGAACUUGGAUGAUUUUCAUGGCAAUUUUGGUGCUGCAGGCAAAGCAAGUUUGCACAAUUUAGUCUCCCCCUUUUGUUAAUCUUGUUUUUGGGUUAACUUUUGUGUUCUUAAUUAA